AUGGCAGAAUCGUCCACUGAUGACAUUUUCCUGGAUCCACCCAAAAAUACUCAAUAUGCAACGGACAAAGGAUGUCAAACAGAGCUUACAGCAGCGCCAAUCUACUUGGCCGCUGAUCCUCGCGACUCCGCCAGCUCGACAAAGAUAUCAGAGACUCGGAAAGGAAAAGAAUCUGCAAUUGUGGACUGGGACGGAGAUGAUGAUCCAGAGAAACCAGAGAACUUCAGCCGACUGCGAAAAUGGAUCAUAACCGUGAUUUCAGGACUUAUGACUAUAUGUGUGACGUUUGCCUCGUCGGUAUGUAGUACUGCGACAAAAGUAACUGCGAAGCACUUCCAUGUCUCUGAGGAGGUAAUGAUACUGGCCACCAGUCUCUUCGUGCUAGGCUUCGUAUUCGGACCGAUUAUUUUCGGACCUCUGUCAGAGUUAUACGGACGCAAGCGACCGUUGUUUCUGGGUCUUUUUGCAUUCUCCAUUUUUCAAAUUCCAGUUGCUGUGGCACAGAACCUACAAACUAUUUUCAUAUGUCGGUUUUUGGGUGGGUUGUUUGCUAGUGCACCACUGGCUAUUGUAUCUGGCAUCUUGGCAGAUCUUUUUGAAGAUCCGGUUGAGCAUGGAAUUGGUGUUGCUGUCUUUGCAAGUGCUACAUUUAUUGGCCCUGUCGCAGGGCCUAUUGUCGGCGGCUUCAUCACCAUGUCUCAUUUAGGCUGGCGCUGGACCGAGUAUAUUACUGCCAUAAUGACGUUUUUCUUCUCGUCAAUCGGCUACCUUCUCAUUCCAGAGACAUUUGAGGGGACUUUGUUAACAAAGCGAGCGCAGCGAAGACGAAUCGUUACGAAGGAUUGGUCUCUCCACGCUAAGGCUGAGGAGAAGGUAGUGAGUCCUAAAGAUAUUGCAACCCGGUAUAUUCUCAGACCGUUCGUGAUGCUUGCACAAGAACCAAUUUUGAUUCUUAUCACACUUUAUAUGGGCUUCAUCUAUGGAUUCUUGUAUAUCUGCUUUGAAGCGUAUCCAAUUGCCUUCCAGCAGCUGCGUGGGUGUAAUGAUGAUGUCGGCGCACUCCCGUUUUUGAGUAUUAUUUGUGGAGUCGUUGUGGGAUGCAUGAUUAUUAUUACAAUUUCUCUGACACGAUAUCGAAAUAUCAUACGAUGCACUGGAAGUGUCAAUCCCGAGGAGAGGUUGAUACCCAUGAUGAUAGGAGGUAUUCUCUUGCCAGUAGGUAUGUUUUGGUUUGGUUGGACUUCCUCACCUCAUAUCACAUGGAUGCCUGAAGUUAUUUCCGGGGGUUUCCUUGGGGCUGGGGUGUUGUUGAUAUUCUUGCAGGGUCUAAACUACAUAAUCGAUGUUUAUACUAUGCAUACAAACUCAGCCAUCGCAGCCAACACGUUUUUCCGAUCAUGGCUAGGCGCUGGUUCUCCAUUGUUUGCAUCACCGAUGUUCCACAACCUUGGCGUCAACUGGGCAAUGACACUACUCGGAUGUCUUACUGCGAUUUUAUUCCCCGUGCCCAUUGCAUUUUUCGAUUUUUGGGCCGAAAAUACGAACGUGGAGCAAAUUCAGCGUGGACGCCUAACUUUCGACAAAGAGUCUCCGCAUCUUCAAGUUUACAGAUGGGGCAACGAUACGCCGGUUGAGAUAUUUCGUUUGUGA